AUGAAGUGGAACACGGUCGCACACGGUACAUCGUCGCUGGGGGCGCUGGUGGCCCUAUUGGCGCUCGGAGCCACGGUCAGCGAUGGUGCGGAAUUGGCACGCUACGAUAACUACCGCCUGUAUCAGGUGACACCCCGCAGCGAGGAGCAAUUCCGAACGAUCGCGGCCAUGGAGCAGGCCAGCGACAGUUUGAUAUUCCUCGAGACGGCGCGCAAAGUGGGUGAAAAGUUCAACGUGGUCGUGGCGCCGCACAAGCUGGCCGACUUUAUCGAAACGCUCGAGUCGGAAUACAUCCCACACCAGAUGAUCGACGAAAAUGUGCAGCGCUCGUUCGACGACGAGCGGAUCCGGCUGACGAACAAACGGGCCAAGGGCGUGUUCGACUGGACUGACUACCACACGCUGGAGGAGAUUCACGCCUGGUUAGACCGGCUGGCGGCCGACCAUCGCGAGGUCCAGCUACUGGAUGCGGGACGCUCCUACCAGAACCGCACGCUGAAGGGUGUGAAGCUGUCCUAUGGCGAGGGCAAUCCGGGAGUGUUCCUCGAGGGUGGCAUCCACGCUCGCGAGUGGAUCUCGCCCGCUACCGUGACCUACAUCCUGAACGAGCUGAUCACAAGCAAGGACCCGAAGGUGCGGGCGAUGGCCGAGAAGUACGACUGGUACGUGUUUCCGAACGCAAACCCGGACGGCUACGCGUACACGUUCCAGGUUAACCGACUGUGGCGCAAAACGCGCAAACCGUACGGUAUCGGGUGCUACGGUGCCGAUCCGAACCGCAACUGGGACUUCCAUUGGGCGGAGCAGGGCACCAGCAGUAACCCGUGCUCGGACACGUUUGCCGGGCCGGUAGCGUUCUCGGAAGUCGAGACAAAAUCGUUGUCCACCUUUGUCGACUCGCUGAAAGGCAAACUUAGCGCCUACCUGGCGUUCCACUCGUACUCGCAGCUGCUUCUGUUCCCGUACGGUCACACCUCGGAGCACUCGCCCAACCACCAGGAUCUGGACGAGAUCGCGGCGGCCACGGUGAAAUCGCUAGCCCAACGGUACGGCACGCAUUACGUUUACGGAAACGUGUACGACGCGAUCUACCCGGCCAGUGGCUCGAGCGUCGACUGGAGCUACGGUGUGCAGGAUGUGAAGAUUGCGUACACCUACGAGCUGCGACCGAAUGGCGACUCCUGGAACGGAUUCGUGCUGCCGCCGAAGCAAAUCAUCCCGACCGGCGAAGAAACGCUCGACUCACUGGUGACCCUGCUGGAGGAGUCCGCCCGGAGGGGCUACUAUAAGACCAGAAACUGA